UUAAACAAGCUCAUUGUAAAAAUAAAUGAAAAACGGCUCGCAAUCUUACAUUAUUUUGGAUUAAUUACAACUCAUUCGAAGAGUUUAUCUCAAAAUAGUCUAAAAAAGUGCUUCGACACUUCCGUUCCAUUUUAUUUCCGGUACAAGAAGCCUGGUGACCAAAACAGAGAUUCAGGCAAAACCGCCGAAUUCAUUUCGCUGAUUUUGCCAUUGUGAGGCAAACCAGUCGACAUUAUUUGGUGAUCUGAGUGUAUAUUCUUGACCAUUGUGGUUUCAUUAUCUUAAUUAUGUUUUUUUUCUGCUGGUUACAUUUCGAAGAAGUCGAAGAUUUACUUAUUCGUAUUUAGGAACGGACAACCCUCUCUCUCCAUUGCUGUCGCGAAAAUGGAGGAAAAGCAAACUCCCGUUAUCCAGGUGACGAAAGCCAAGCGUGUAAAUGGUCGGUAUGUUACUCCUUGGGGAGGUGAAAGACCAUCAGUAGGGCAAGCCGUACAAUUUAUGAUGGAGGGAAAGGAUCGGGGUGUUGGAGGGACUUGGAAAGAAUUAUAUCAAUUCAAAACACAGGAAUUGAAUGAGACUCUUCCAGUGUUACCCUUAAAUCAAGAAAAAAUCUCCUCACCAGCAUCAGCCCUACAAGUAACAUGGCUUGGACAUGCCAUGCUUCUGGUACAACUUCAGGGUCUAAAUAUCCUCACAGAUCCUCAUCUAAAUGAAUUUGCAGGCCUUACCAGAACCCUCUCAGCUAAGCGAUACCGUCCACCACCUUGUAGAGUGAAUGAACUACCCGAAAUAGAUGCUGUUUGUAUUAGCCAUAAUCAUUACGACCACCUUGAUUAUAACACAGUCCAGCAACUGAAUGCACAUUGCGGGAGUAACAUUUACUGGUAUGUUCCCAUGGGUCUAGGUGAUUGGAUGCGGAGAAGUGGGUGUCAUAAUGUUGUUGAGCUUGAGUGGUGGGAUGAACAUAUUCACCCUAAACAUAGAGACAGAGAAAGGGUUAAAUUCAUUUUCACACCAAGCCAACAUUGGAGCAGAAGGACUCUAACAGAUGAGAACAAGUCACUAUGGGGGAGCUGGAGUGUGGUUGGAAGUAAUAAAAGAUUUUUCUUUGCCGGCGAUACAGGGUACAACAAGGUGUUCCAAGAGAUUGGAGAGAUGUUUGGUCCAUUUGAUGUGGCAGCUAUCCCGAUUGGAGCUUAUAAACCAAGGUGGUUUCUGUCUUUUCAGCAUGUUGAUCCAGCAGGGGCUGUUCAGAUUCACCAAGACGUCAAAUCCAAACUUUCUAUUGGAAUCCAUUGGGGAACGUUUCUGCUUGGACAUGAGCAUUAUUUGGACCCACCUAAAGACCUUGCGACUUCCCUUCAAGCAAACAGCCUAAGCCCUGCGAGUUUCAUAGUACUUCAACACGGAGAAACGAAAGCAAUAAGUGGAUAAAAGAAAAGGAUGUUUUAUUAGGCAAAUGCACAUAUACCAGAACACAGCCGAAUAACCAUGUAUGAAUGUAUAAAAACCUUUGUAUGAAUAAGUUAGAAAUUGACACUCGAUUUUUUUUUUCGAUUUUCGAUAUUUCCAAGGAAUCGAUUCGGUUGUCCGCUUGUCAUGUAAGACAUCAAGUUGGACUGACCUCAUAAACGCAAAAUGGAGUGGUUUGGAGCUACAUACAGAUUUUGAGAUUUUGUACCAAGCCCCCAAAACUGCGAUUUCAUUUGCACGUGCGUCUCGCCUCGCCGAUUAUUAAUAUCUAAUUUUUAUUUCAGAAUUUGCAAACUAGAAGAAUCGGUGAUCAUGUAACUUUGAAAGGGGCUACUAAAACGUUUCUUAAUUGUUUCAAUUUGAACGAAUUUUUGAUAAACAAUUACCAGCGAGAGGCCUCGACGCAGAUGGUUGGGGAUUUCGUAACAACCUUUUUUUAAUUAAAAGAGAUAAAUAAUAAAGGAGCCAUUAUUAUGCCCUACUUAAACACGAGGUCCGCUAUAAAAGGGAAAGCUCCUCCCACCCCCGGGCUCGAGAACAAUCCGUUAUCAAUCAGCCUUCAACGAGUCAACAUGUCAGGACAAUUGCUCUGAGCCCUCAAUUAAAAUUUCAUAUUCUAAACCAAAAUAAAUAGCAUUCCUAAAGUUUUCCAUCUAAAAAUGUUUCUGUCUAUCGUAAAAAACAUUCAUACCAACCUGUGUGCGCUCUUAAAUACAAGCAUUUUCAUCACAGCGCGUGAAUUAUUUAUGCAGGUGCGUUAGAUUAUGGAUAGCGCAAAAUUCAAAAUUUUGCACCAAAAACGUAGCUGGACAGCAAAUCACUAAUUUAUCGAUCUCUUAACACAACUGUCUUGUUACCUGUGCAAAAAAAGUUUUAUUCCAGCCGACUAAGGCUUAGAGACAAGCAAUUUUACAGGAGGCUUUUAAUUUGUGACUGCUAGCGUUGCAGUGUUCUAAUUAUGAUUGCAAAUUCGGGGGUGGGAGGAGCUUUCCCUUUUAUAGCGGAACCUCGUGUUUGAUGUUCCGUCGAUAGAUGCUGGGAUGUUAUGGACAAUUAAUAAAAAGACUUAGAGUCCUAGUAUCCUCUGGAAGGGGAAAAGAAAGCAAUAAAGAAAAAAGAAAGAAAAAGACAAAA